UGGGGUCCGGGGAGUAGAGAAAUGUGGGAGGAGGAGGGAGCCGGGUCCCAUUUGGGAGAUGAGCGGAUGGCGUAAGUCCAAACUUCCGAGGGAUCAUUCAGUACCCUGCGAGUGCUGACAGCGAAAGGUAGUGUUCUCUACUGACAGGAAACGAAAGACUGCUCUCAAAAGCUCCAAAAUGGCCAGGCUUUUCUUGAUUUCCGCGGUGGUUUUCACCGCCCUGGUGUCCACCUGCUCUGCUCUCCAGUGUCUCAAGUGUAAUGACUGCGAGAACGAACCGACUAAGUCGUCCUCAUGCCUCCCUGGAUUCGACGUGUGCGCAAAAACUCGUCUUGGCGGCAAAGUCAGGAAAUUCUGCGCCCCGCAACUCGCCUGCCACCUGGAGAACAUCGACAGAACUUCCGUCAACCCGCUGAGGAAUCUCAAGACUCUGUUCAGUGAUGACGAUAUUCACGAACUGACUGAGAAAAGCGGUCUGGCAAGCAAGGAAAAACCCAUCUCCUGCUGUGACUCUGAUUUCUGCAACGGGACGAGCGAGAAGAAGGCUGCUCUAGGUCUACUGCUCGUCCUGCCCUUCCUCUUGUACCUCAUCGGCUGCUGAAGGCUCUGAUGCUCUUCCUUCCGUCCAGCAAGGACUUCAGUGUGUUCAUCCUUCAUUCUGUCUUCCCUGUCAAGCCAUCUCUUCCACAUUUACGAUAUUUGAGAAGUAACUUCUCACACUAACACUUGGUGAAGUUAGGUGAACUUUUUUUCUUAUCAUGUCUUUAUUUGUCUGUUCAGUUGUAAUGACUUCUUGUACUAUUACAUAGGAAUCUCGUGUUCAUAAAAGAUAAUCGUGUUGUGAAACUAAGUGUACGAGUAGAUAGUAUUGAUGAUUUAAUUCAUAUUUUCUAUAAUUUUAUAUUUCUUUAGUGUGUUAGACAGUCAGAUAUAAUUAUUUUUUAUCACGGUUCUCCCAUGAGAGUUCCGAUUGAGAUUUCAUUAUAAUUAAACGUAAAAUUGGUCUAUA